UUUAACAUUUAACCCAGCUUUAUUUUCUUUCACAGUAAGCCCGCCUUUGUAUCUCUUUCUUUUACGCAAUGGUGAAUCUAGGGUUUCAUCUUGCAUCUCCCCUCUAUACUGCGUUGACUAAGGCCUCAAUUAUCGUUUUUUCCAUUGUAUCUUGGAGCAAAGCAAGGAAUAGUUUUAUUUUUUGGGACUCUCAUAAGUUCACAAGCAUGGUUGCAUCUUUGAAAGAUGAUCAUGGGCUGGCCCAGUCGGAACUUAACUUUCCUUGUCUGAAGAUGAAGGAAUGCAAUUCUCAAAUCUCGAGCAUUCUCAAGGAGGAGCGCGGAAACAGAGUAAAAUUUAUCAUGGUGCUAGCAAACCAUGCAAGGAUUUACAGGCAAGUCCCUUGAAGACUCUGAUCCAAGAAUGCGACACUAGUAUUGGGAAAAAUUGUAACUUAGGCUUGCUGAAUUACAGACUUACUGCGCUACCUAGAAGAGGAUUUUUCUCCUACAUUCUUCUAAGUGUUUGGUUCUCAAGGAGUAUACUAGUUGUGAUCAAAAUUCAAUUUGGUUUUCCACAUUGAAAUGUUAAUUUGCUAGUUUGAUAAGAAUUGAUUAAUUCUUGGUGUAGUAUUUUAGCUGGACCUGGUAACUCUCCAGCUCUUCAUUAGUUAGGCUUUUCAAUUUUGACUUUAUUUUGUUGUGGAUAUUCGAUUUGACUAUAUAAUUAUUAUAUUCAUUGACCUUGUAAA